UCAUACCAGAGAAUGUAUGAAUUGUCAGUUCAUGAGGGUCUCUAAAUGCAAACAGUCGCAUUUUCUGUGUCGGUAAAAAUUAAACCUUUUUAUACAUAACUGUAUAUGUCUACAUAAGUGACUUAAUUUUCUACCACUGAUUAAAUGUGCAAAUUCUGAUUUAUUAGUUGUGUGCCUUAGAAAAAUGAUGUGAUUGCUUUAAUAACAUAAACUUAAUUGCAUGUAAAAAAAAGAAGAAUCGGACGAAGACGUGAUACAUUUUAUUGGUGAAAAGUUUAAUUUUUUGUGUGUGGAAUCAAAAAUAAUAAAUAAAAAAAAGAGAAAACAAAAAUUUUGUUUAAUCGUAAAAUUCAAGGGAAUUCAAAAUGAUUCAUAUUGGUGAUGGCACAUGGAAUUUGCGAGUCUUUAUUACCGACUUGCACGUUGAGAAGACCUUGCGGGUUAAAGGAGAUUUACACAUUGGUGGCGUUAUGUUGAGAUUGGUGGAUCCAGAAAAUCCCAAAGAUUGGUCAGAUCAUGCACUGUGGUGGCCGGCGAAAAAUGUGUGGCUUGCACGAACCCGAUCAACAUUGGAUCAAUGCGGCGUUCAGGCCGAUUCGUUAUUACACUUUACACCCAUGCACAAAACAUUAAGAGUACAGCUACCAGACUUGCGAUAUUUGGAUUGUCGUGUCGAUUAUUCAAUAAAAACGUUCGGCGCUGUUGUAAAUUUGUGUAAAGAUUUGGGCAUUCGGCAUCCGGAAGAAUUGUCGCUGUGUAAGCCAUUGGAAGCAGCACACUUGAAGCGCAAUUAUUCCGAAUUUCCCAAACGAAAAGUGCCACCAUCCGAACAGGGAAAGGACUAUGUCGCACCGGUCGAUUCGAACACCUUCAUUCAUAAUUCAAAUCAUUUUAAUGGAAGCAAUGGCAGUUUAGAUUCACCAGCAAAUCCGUUUUCAUGUGCACCAGUUCAGCAAACACCGCACCGACCAGUACAAAGUACUCCGAUCAGUUCUCCUAUGGGGACAUGGAAAUCAAAUAAUGGUCAUAAUGGUACGUUCAAUGACUCAUCGUCGAGUAUCGGUGACUUAACAGAAAAUUUAGCUGCUAGUCCAAGAGCCCCGAGUCCAGACGUUCGGACAAGAAUGGUGCGACCAAAGUCUUUGGUAGAACGAGCCCGUCUAAAUGUGGGAUGGUUAGACUCGUCUUUAUCAAUUAUGGAACAAGGUGUCCGCGAGUUUGACACACUAUGUCUUCGGUUCAAAUACUACACUUUCUUCGAUCUAAAUCCAAAAUACGAUCAAGUUAGAAUCAAUCAAUUGUACGAACAAGCUAAAUGGCAUUUGUUGAAUGAGGAAAUUGAUUGCACAGAAGAGGAGAUGUUUAUGUUUGCGGCAUUACAGCUGCAAGUUAGUCUACAGAAUGAUAUUCAACAGCCGGACUCUGGCAUAGAUACAUCCAGUCUGGACAACGGUGUUGAUGACGAUAUUGAUGCUGCUUUGAGCGAAUUACAAAUCACCUUGGAAGGGCCAAAUGGCCGAUCGAAAUCUAACGAUAUCACCCAUAUACCAGAGCUAACAGAUUAUCUACGAUUUUUAAAACCAAAAAAAUUCACGCUUAAAGGAUACAAACGGUACUGGUUCACAUACAAGGACUUGCAUUUGUUUUUGUUCAAAAGUCGUGACGAUGCCCGCAGUAAUAGUCCGCCGUCCGUGGCCAUCAAUCUGAGAGGAUGCGAAGUAACACCGGAAGUGAAUUUGACACAGGGUAAAUUUCACAUCAAAUUGGAAGUACCGCCAGAAAAUGGAGUUGGUGCGAACAGUGAAGUGUGGGUGCGAUGCGAUAAUGAAGAUCAAUACGCUAAAUGGAUGGCUGCAUGCAGGCUGGCAUCGAAAGGUCGAUCGUUAGCGGAUAGUUCGUAUGACAGUGAGGUACAGAGUAUCAAAUCUUUCUUGAACAUGCAGAAACCAGCACAUGCGCCAGCAGUUAGCAUAAAUCCAAAUUUGAUUGACCCGCAGGAGUUCUUAGCUCCCAGAUUCAGUAAGAAAACAAAAGGAAAGGCGGUCAACCGAAUCCUUGAAGCCCAUGCUAAUGUAAAAGAUUUAUCUCUGAUGGAGGCCAAAUUGAAGUUCAUCCAAGGAUGGCAAAGUCUACCCGAAUACGGGGUCACUUUGUUUGUCAUCAAAUUUGACGGUCACAAAAAGGAAGAGCUGCUCGGCGUGGCCCAGAAUCGUAUCAUGAAAAUGGACAUCCAUAAUGGUGACCAUUUGAAAACAUGGCGAUACAACUCAAUGAAAGCCUGGAAUGUCAACUGGGAAAUCAAAUGCAUGAUGAUUCAAUUCCAAGAUGAAAAUGUAAUUUUCUCUUGUUUAUCCUCCGACUGUAAAGUCGUGCACGAAUUCAUUGGCGGCUACAUUUUCAUGUCAAUGAGAUCGAAAGAAACGAAUCAAACGUUGAACGAAGAAAUGUUCCACAAGUUGACCGGUGGCUGGGUGUAAAUUAAGUAGUUUAGAUCAAUGAUUUUUUUGAAUAGGCGAAAAGGGAAGAUGGAUUUUACAUUUGACAAACGAUUAUUUGUCGGGAUUAUGUGGCAUAUCAAAUUACGAGCGGACGAAUCCUUUUAUUCGGAUAAAUUCGACGCUGCUAAAUUUAAAAAAAAAAUAUGGGAAAUCUAAAUCCUACACAAGCGGACAGUGGUUACGCACCGAUGUAUUAUUUUAACAUUUUUUCCGUCCUCAAUAGCUGAUGCACAAUCCAUACUUGGACUGAUACGUCAUAUUGGGAGCAAUGAUACGAGAGCUCUGUCAGCUACGAGCUUGAAAGAAGUGGAGUCAGAGAACUCUCUUUGAUGGUCUGAUACUUAGCACAGUUGACCUUUUUCGGUCUUUGGAAUGAUCACUCUCGAUCACAAUUUGAAAGCCAUUUCAGAUACCAUUGAAAAAAUUAGGAUUGCUGUUGACUCAACAGUGUUGAGGUCAAUUCAAAUUCUAAGUGAUACAUGCACUCAAAGUGAAUGAAGUGCAAACUAUAGUCAUUUCUAGAACGCUUUCCAAUUUUCACUCUCUCCUUUUAUUGUUCAAAACACCUUGGAAACACCAUUUAGCUAUUCACUAAGGCGGAAACUUUUGUGAACUUUCGUGGGCUGCUCACAAUAUUUAAAGAAAGUCAACACACACCGUCAACGGGCUUUUCGCCUGAGUGAAUUACAUUACCAACGGACAAGUACAUGUAACACAAACGUUAUCAGUACUAAAUCCUAGCCGCAAACUAAUAACCGAUCCAAUCAGAUGUCAUUAUUGUGGACAACAACCUGCUGUAGGGAAUUUUCGUAUUGCGGUUGGGUUUCGAACCCACAAGAGACCAUCCAAUAGUUCAAAGUGAAGUCUCAAUUUACACAAUGCAAUUGAAUGGAGAAAUCUUAAAAAAAAAAAAAAAUCAGUUUGCUGUUUAUGUGUAGUAAGUUGUGAGAAGGUUACAGCUCCUGAUGUAGGCCUAUCAAUCCCGUGUGUCGUGUCCAGUCAAUAUGAUCGUGCAGUUUUUCUUAACACAGUGGUUCCAAUUUAAAUUUACCGAAACUGAAUUUUUCAGAUUUAGCAGCGUGACAUUUUGUCGUUAAAAACUUUUUAACGGAUGACUCCGCCCGUUGUAUUUGCUGAAUAUGGAUUUAUGAGUAGAUCUCAUGUCGACUAUGUGUAACUGUUGCUACUCAUAAAUUACACAUUCAACAGAAUUUCUUUUUAAAUUAAAAUUUUAUGAAAAUAAAUGUGCUGGCUCUGUAAUCAUCCAAAAUUAAAUUUAAAAAAAUCGAGUUUUUUUACAAAAAAAAAAAUCGAAAAGAAAAAGAAACUGAAUUCGCAACUAAGCCAGAGAUGACUAAAUAUCUUGUUGGUUGACCAAAACGUGCAUGUGGCGAAUGGAAUGUUGCUGGCAUGCAUAUUUUAGAUCAACUAACUAGAUAAUUAGUUAAGUCUAAUCUAACUGAUACUAAAAACAGUUUUUAAAAGAAAAUUAUUUAACAAUAAAAUGCCUUGGAAAUUCGUCGAAAACUUUUAGAAAGUUUUUACGACGAAUUUUGUUUUUAUGUAUAAAAAAUCGAAAUAAAAAAAGUUCAAGAAGGAAACAGAAAAAUAGGAAAACUUUACCUUUAACAAAAAAAAUUGCCUUGAAAUCUUUUACACCUUGGAUUAAAAAUGUAUUUUUAGUGGUUUUAUAAAAGCCAAAAACAGAAUAAUAAAAACUUAGAAAUUAAGAAAUUAAUCGACAGAAAACAGCAGGAACAACAAUCAAAACAGAAACGCGCAAAAAAUGGAUUUCUUCUUGUUUUUACAAUUUUUCUAAUAAUAACUUUAUUUUGUAUAUCUCUACUAGCAAUAUUAAUAACAUUGAAACAAGCUGUUAAGUUAAAAAAGAAAAUGAAAAGAAAAUUGAAAACAGAAAUGUAUUUUUGAAUAUUUCUAUAAUUUAAAUGUGAUUGCCUCUAUAAAUUGACAACAAUUUACUACUUAACAAAAAUGAAUUUCUGAUUUCUUUUUUUUCUCUUUUAAUUUGUUUUUUUAUUAUUUUUAUUUAACUAAAAAUAAUUAUUGUACAUCAAAAAAAUGUGUAAAAGCAAAAGCAAAUUAAAAAUUAAUAAUUUUACGCGUAAUUUUUAUUAAUUAUUUCUGUAAUACUUGUAAUAAUAGUCAGGUGGUAUAGGCCUAACAAAAUUAUAAAAAAUGUUAAACAUAAUGCAAACAAAUUUAAACAA